AUGAAACAAUCAAACAGAAAUAUUAUAGCCUUUCUUCCUAGGCCAAUGCCGGAUUUGACAUCCCUCAUGAGUGAAUGGCCCGAGGAUUUUGAGAAAGCUCUGACAAUAGCGGAAAUGCCUACGGCAGUACUCAACUGCAACCUAAAAGAAUAUGUUGAAAUAAUAUGCGCUAUAAUGGAUAUUCCUGUGUAUGGUAAUUGCAUCGAAUCUCUUCAUCUCCUCUUUUCUCUUUACAUGGAAUUUAAAAAUUCGCAAACAAAGGCGCACAAAAACACGCCAAUGGGUCUACGAUUCGGUGCACGUCGACCAAAAGAGAAGCAGACAGAUGACAAAAAGACGCGAAAAAGCAGCAAGACAAAGAACGCAGACAAGUCAAAAACUCUACCACCAACAGGUGCUGGAAGUGCAAACAAGUCGGCUGAUAAAGGCUGUUCAGAAUCCUCCAUCCCCAGUUCAGUCAAUACAACUGCUUCCAACAAUCUCUACAAUUCACAGUCAGCCGGCAAUCGCGGCGUCCUCUUUCGAGACAAUCGAUUUCCCGAUGGCACUGCAAUGCCUCGCAUCCGAACACAACAGACACAAAUCAACCCACCAGGGGAUGACAGAGAAGGACAUGCCUCUCCCACGGGCUCUGUCUAUUCUUCGGCCUCCAUCCAGCCUGCUUUUCUCAGCUAUGCAUCUUAUCCUUCUUCCUAUGUCCCUCAGUUAUCCACAAAACCCGUUGAAACCACGACCAGAAUACGUGAACAUAGCCACAGUGAUACUGUCUAUCAGUCGGUGUACCCUGAACCCCUGCCCAAACCUGACUACCCCGUGUCCAACGACGGCACCGGAAACUCUAAUCGAGACAGUGGACUUGACACGGAAUCGCGCUCCUCUUCUACCGGAAAGCCGGUCAAGGCCGGUGCGAUUGAAGAAUAUUCCCGGUGGAAAGGCGCAUCACAUCAAGGAGCUGCAAGACAGGGAAAAGGCUUUCAAUUACAACACUUUAGCCAUGACAUGCCAAAUAGUGUCUAUAAUUUCAGUGAGUCACCUCAAAUUUUACUACCAAAAAAUUACCCAAUCAAUCGUGAUACACCUGAUUUUGUAAACUUCGCGUUUACCAUGCCAUCGCGUCGUCAAAAGCAACUGAAUACCAACGGCACCACCUAUGGUACCUCUGUGAUACCUCGCAAACGGCUGAAUCAGAAGGAUCUUGACGAAAAGGCGUACCGUCUGCGAUCUGCAAAUAGACAAUACCGUUGCUCUUCCAGUUCAUGCUCUGAAGAUGUUAUUCGAACCUCACGUAGCACAAUGUUCUUGCAACGCAUUCAGUUAGAUGAUGGACUGACCUCUGAGAAGCGUAAUUACGGACCAGGAUCUGGUAGGUCAGGAAGACCAUUCAGGAGGGAAGCCGAAAGCGAGGAGUAUACGGCCAGAUCGGUUUCAUGUGGAUUACCACGCGAUCAGCCUCUUCGGGGAGGGUACUUCGAAGAGAAAAACGAGGUGGACAGAUAUGGGCGUCUGCCACCGGUCAAGCGGCCGGUCAGCAGAACACCGGACAGAAGAGAGGCCUGGGGUUUUGUUAAUGAAGAAGAUAAUGAGGAUGUCUCGGAAAUUGGAGAGAAGGCGGAAGUCGACAACUCGGAGGAGGAAACUUCAGACUCUCAAGACGCUCCCUGCUAUCCUAGCCUUUCAAGGGGUUAUCAUGGUCGAUCCCGGAUGCAGCCAGAUUUUUUAAGGCAAAGCAGUGCACCUUCAAUGGCCAAUCGUAAAAUCAGCGUUAUCAAACUGUAG